UAAUAGGCCCUUUGCAGCUAGUGGUCACGUGCUUGGAUACCGCUUAGCAACACAAAACUGGAGWGCAAGCCUUCCAGUAAACAAAAGCUCUAAGAGGUCAAGCACGCGUGGUUUUAUACAAUAGUUUCAUCGUUUAAAACGCUUAAUCCUUUUGCCCUAUCUACAAAAACAGUAAGRUCAUCUUAAAUUCUCUCCUUUGGACUCGAUUUUUGGUUCGAAGUAACAAUAUUCAUCGCGUUAUCGCGAAACAUUUGUCACCGCCGUCCCGCUCGACGGCUGAAAAACAUGGCGACUUCGCAAGAUGAAGUAGAAACUCAAGACAUCUCUAUCUUUCCUUCCCUCACCUUCGAUGAUGUAGGGAGCUACGCUAAAGAGAAGUCUGGCUGCACAAGCACUUCGAAAGCGUACAAAUUUAUGGCGGAACCAGGCUAUUUACAUGACGUUAAAGUGAUAUAUACCGACCAGUSCRUGAGAGUUAAAUGCAAGUGUUACCGCUCAAUGAGGAAGUCUGAACCACCGCACAUUUUAGAGGUGUCAGUCCAGGACAACAAUUUGACAUUGCUGUCUGGGCUGUGGUCAUGUGUAGCUGGGGCAGGUGGAUACUGCCAUCAUGUGAUCGGGCUUCUUUACUAUUUAGCCCUUCUUAAGCAACUGGGACAUCGGAYAUUGCCUGAUGAGCUAACAUGUACCAGCAUGAAACAGCGUUGGAGCAUACCUAGAGGAUCCAAAAUCGCACAAAAAGAAAUACAAGACGUGCUAGUGAAAAAACCCCAACUUGGCGCUUCGUACAGUAGAUAUAUCAAGAGUAAUUUGUAUUCUCCAUCUACCCAGUAUCCUACCCUCACAAAAGAGCACUUUAAUGGCUUCCAACCACCUUAUCCUCUCUUUACAACCAUUCUGCCCAAUCAAGAUCAACUUGACAAUAUCCCAUUUGUACAGAGCAAGUUUGGAAAUGUCCCAAAAGGCUGCGUCCUGUCAUAUCAACAAAAGAUGUCAACUGACUACAUCAUAAAUAAUUUUACUUGCACUUCUUUCCCAGAGCUUCCCCUCUCAAGUGCAGAGGACAGAUUUAACAACGUGUCAAUCUGUCUUGACAGUCGUCAACAAGCUAUAUUUGGAACAUUGUCUGUGACAACAGAGUCAUCACUGAGAGUGCAGCAGCAAACAGUCACUMAAAGUCAGAGUGAUGUAUGGCACCUGCUCAGAAAAAAAAGGGUAACAGCAAGCAAAUUUGGCAUUGUCGCUCGCCGGGUGUCACAUUUUGACACCCUUGUCAAUCAUCUAAACCCCACCAGAUUUGUACAAACUGCAGCAAUGAGAAGAGGCAUUGAACUUGAACCACAUGCUGCCAUGGUCUAUGCUAGCAAUGCAAAGGGUGGAAGAGUAAAUCUCUUCCCAUCUGGGCUGAUUGUCCACCCAAAGUGCCCAUGGCUAGGUUGUAGCCCAGACAGGAAAGUUUAUGACCUUGAUGCCGUAAAUAAUGGUCAGAAUCCCUUUGGCUUGUUAGAAAUAAAGGUUGUUAAAGAGGGGGAAACAUCAUUUGACAAUGUGAGGUAUCUCUCCAAGGACCAGAACACUAACCAGUACAAACUGAAAACAACAGACAUUUAUUAUUACCAGAUCCAGUGCCAGCUUGGACUCACAGGAUUAGAAUGGUGUGAUUUUUUCAGUUACAAUGACGAAAAUUUGUUUGUUUGCUCUAGAAUUAAUUUUGAUUCAGUGUUUUUCCAGCAAGCAAAGGACAAAGUUGAUARUUUUUUCUUCAAUUACUAUUUACAUUAAUACACUAAGAUUUUUGUUGUUGUUCUCAAACCAUGGCCAGAUUUCUUAUGAUAACAAAUAUUAUAUUAUUGUAAUAGUUACAAAAACAAUCUAAGACACAUGAUAAACCAACCUGCAUUAAAGAUUACCUAAUGGGUUA